AUGUCCCGCCGCCACUCCCACUCUCUUCAACCCCUCCCGCGCAGCCUGACGGCGCGGCCCCCCACCCGCCGCCGUGGGGUGUUCGCGGACGCGUGGACCCACUUCGACCGCGUACAGGAGCUUGGCGAGGAUGGAGACGGGCAUAAUGGAUGCGUUAAUGCAUUGAGCUGGUCCGACGACGGCACCACGCUCCUCUCAGGUUCGGAUGAUAAGCGGAUCUGCAUCUGGACACCCGACACACGGUCAGAUGCACCCGCAGCGCAGCUCUCGCCGCAUCCUCUCAAGCUCAAUGGAACCAUCAUCACGGGCCAUCGCGCCAACAUCUUCUCCUCCCGCUUCCUCCCAAACUCUGGCACACCUACCAUCGUCUCUUGCGCUGGCGAUGGCGACAUUCGGGUGUUCGAGGUCGAACGCCUCCAGCCGGCGGAAGGGAUGGGGAUGGCCUCGAUGCGUCGCACUCGCGGAGCGCUAUGGGGUGCCGAAGGGCCCGGCGUACGUGUACUCCGGUGUCACAAGAACAGGACGAAGCGGAUCGCGACCGAGGCAAGUCCGUUCCUCUUCCUCUCCGUCUCCGAGGACGGGACUGUGCGGCAGCACGACCUUCGCCGGCCACACACGUGCCGAGACGAAUGCCCGCCGCCGCUUUUCCAAGCUCCACCACACGUUGAGCUAUAUUCUCUCAGUGUGUCGCCUCUCACACCCCAUCUGUUUGCAGUGGCAGGGCAGACAGACUGCGCGUACAUAUGCGACCGGCGGAAACCAGAGCACCAGACACCCAGCUGGGGCAAGCAUACGCGGAGAGCAGAACAGGUAACGUGUGUGCGCCGGCUCGCCCUGCCUCAGGCCGAGUGGGAGAGCGUCGAGCGCAGAAACGCCGUGUACCGUGAGCGGCACAUUACAUGUGUCAAGAUGAGCGCAGACAUUGCCGGCGAGGUGAUUUGCUCAUUUCCCCGCCACUCGACAUCCCUCUUCUCACUCAACGACUCGCCGGCAGAAUCGAGCGCGCGUGUGCACCACAGCAGCAUUGUGCCGCCCAACCCCGAGUCCAACACGCGCCGGGCGGAGAGGAAUCGGGAAGGAAGAGGAAACGAGGAGGACGGGCAAGGAGAAGGCAACGCGCAUGAGGAAGGCGACAAGACUGUAGUUAGGCCAGUCUCCGGAAGACCAGGUGGCUCAGUACCAAAGCGUCGGAUAUCUUCCGUGUCUCGACCUGAGUCGCGUCCUGGCAGUGCGUCGAGGCAACGCACGGACAGCACCGAGCCAGAGGAGGCGCGGGUAGCACGCGCUACGCGAUUUCUCCGCAGCCCACCAAGUUCUCCCCCCCACGAUCCUGAGUCGAGCUCCACUAGCCCUAGACCACGCGAGCGCCGGCCGCUCGGCACCGAGUGGGAAGGAGGGCCUGACGAAGUCAUCGAUCUGGCCGAGUUUGCACGCGACGGCGAUGGGAGUGAGCCGGAUCGCAACCUCGACGACAUCCUCGCGCAACUAGACUGGGCCAGGGAACAAAUCGGCGAUGACGAGAUGGAGCUCGACUCGUCGUCUGAGGAUGAGGAGGAAAGCGAGGCUGAGGAUGAGGAGGAGGACGACAGUGACGACGACGACGACGACGACACGGUGUACCGCAGCGGCGCGCUGAGCGCGGAGAGCGAGUUCAAGGGCGUCGACGUGCUGUAUCCGCGCCGCAGCUUCCGGGGUGCGCGCAACGUCGAGACUGUCAAAGAUUGCAACUUCCUCGGCGACGCAAGCGACAAGAUUGCAUCAGGAAGCGACGACGGCAACUGGUUCGUGUGGGACAAGGAGACUGGGCGGCUGGACGGCAUCUGGCGGGGCGACAGCGACAUUGUGAAUGUGAUGGAACAACACCCAACGCUCCCUGUUGUCGCAGUCAGUGGGAUUGACAACACUGUCAAGGUCUUCGCGCCCGUGACCCGCCACCCUGACCCUUCCUUCAACCUGACGUCGCAGGCGAACCAGAUCAUCGAGCGUAACCUGUCUCGUUCAGCACCCAGGCCGACGAGUAUGUUUGCGGACGUGAGCGCGAUCCAGCUUCUCGCCAACCUGCUGCGCCAUCACGAGCCUGCGGCCGAGGGACGCCGCGAUGCGGUACUGGACUUGUUCCGCUCCAUCGGGAUCGUCCGCAUCGUGGGCGACGAGGAUGGUGACGGUGACGACGAAGACGGAGCGGUGGUGGGUCCGCAGCGUGACAGCGACGACGAGGGUGACGACGAGUAG